AUGUCCUGGACCCCAAAAGGCGAAGGCGGAGCUCCAGUAACGAAGAAGAUCAACGUCGAGCGACUUCUCGGCGCGCCAUUCGUUCAAUUCUUCUAUUCCGCUGAUAGCAUGGCUGGCAUCGUCUGGGUUCGUACGGAAUAUCACAAGACACCGGUCCAAUCUCAGACCCACCUUGAUCGCUGUCGACUACCAUUCUCGCACGCUGACCCUCAACGUCGUUCGCUCGUAACCUCGAUGCGACCAAGUGCUAUACGGACCGCUCGGACUCAGUGGUCAAGAUCGUUUGGGGCAAGAUUUGGACUGACGUUUCAGAUUUCGUCUGCGGUUACUUUGAUGAAUGAGGUGGGAGCGGAUAGCGAAAUCCAAGGUCUAUUUCGUGUACCUGUACUUUUAUGUCAGGGGUCCACGUCCGAGCCGGCUAACGUAUUCGACAUUCCUGCCGUAUCGGUGCUCGCCCCCUUUAAAUGGAGCUUGACGCGGAUAGGGCGACACGCAAACAGCGAAUUUUGCUUCGGUUAUUCCCUUGGAUUGAAGACACGAGGCAAACGGAGGCUCUUGUUUAUUGUCGCUGGACGCGGCUUGGGCGUCUCUUUCUGGGAAAGAUCACCUUUGUCCAUAAUGAUAACGUCAGAUCGGCGAAUUCUCGGAAUGGACACCGCCGGUCCACCGCGACUGGAUAUGCGGGGUAUCAUUUCUCGCAUUACGAUACAGGUUGCAUUCGCGUUCCUCACACAUCUAGGUUAUCACCGCUCGGAACACGAUUCUCUAGGCCUUCCUACAUUUUAUGACCGCACCCUUGUCAGACCACACAGGCUACAAUGCGAUAUCACUCUCCAGACAGACUCUCCAGUUUCGUCUAUUCACUUAUCCAUGGCAUACUCCGGGAAGUAUUCUCUUACGACGGUGUGCGCCAUUGUGACAGCGUAA